CAUGCUUGAUUUUCCAGUUUUUCCUUAUGAUCAAAUGGCAUGUAUCUGUGAGGUAGCUGUGGGUUAGGACUGCAAACCAGGUCCUUAAACUAUAGUAGUGCCUAUUAAGGUGCUCAAACCACAAGGUGGUCUCAUUGGCAACAGAAGCCAUAUUAUUUAGAUGGUUAUUACAACCUAUGCUACAAAAUUCACAUAGAGUAAGCAAACAAAAUCAACUUGUAAAUAGAAAGCAGGAAAGCCUUUGAAAUUAUAGUUGUAUGUCUAAAAGCUAAAAAAAUAAUAAAGAAAGGAGAAAAAUGUUAAUUGGAAAAUUUUCCAGUUGAUCAAACUCUUUUAUUUAUACAGAAUAAUGAAUUGGUAAUGAAAAAAUCCGCUGUCUUUAAAGAUAAAGGCAAAUAAGCAAUUUCCUUGAUAGGAUAUUAAAUCUUUGAAGAGAUCAGGUGAAAAUACAACAUUUCAAUGCAAUAUUGAAUCAGAUAAAGUCAAAAAUUUUCAUUACUCUUUUCUCAUAGGGACUGUUAUCUUGUGGAGCCUGGGCUUGCUUUGAUGAGUUUAACAGAAUUGAUUUGGAAGUACUUUCUGUGGUUGCUCAACAAAUCCUUACUAUCCAAAGAGGUAUUAAUGCCGGUGCUGACAUACUGAUGUUUGAAGGAACUGAACUAAAACUUGACCCCACAUGUGCUGUCUUUAUAACAAUGAACCCUGGGUAUGCCGGGCGAUCAGAACUGCCAGAUAACCUGAAGGCUCUCUUUCGGACGGUAGCAAUGAUGGUGCCUGACUAUGCUAUGAUUGCUGAAAUAGUCCUGUACUCCUGUGGGUUUGUUACUGCUCGGCCGCUGUCGGUAAAAAUUGUGGCUACAUAUCGCUUGUGUUCAGAGCAGUUGUCAUCUCAGCAUCACUACGACUAUGGAAUGAGAGCCGUGAAGUCAGUGCUUACUGCUGCUGGGAAUCUGAAGCUGAAAUAUCCAAAUGAAAAUGAAGAAAUUUUGCUGCUUAGGUCUAUCAUUGAUGUAAAUCUGCCAAAAUUUUUAUCCCAUGAUUUACCACUCUUUGAGGUAAGAAGAUUCAUUAUCCCAGUGUAUCAGAACUCUCAUAAUAAUGAAUUUAUCAAACGUCUAAGGUUGUGAAGCUCCUACUAUGGAAAACAACAACACAGUACAGAGAAACAUGGAUAAUUCCAUGUUUUAUUUGAAGUAUGGUUAGCUAGCUUUGUCACUUUGAUAAUUUUCAACAACUUGGGAUUUUUAAAUAGUACUUUAAAGUUUGUUACUGCAGAAUAUAAUGAGCACACAAAAGUUACAAAAUAUUUGCUUAUAAAUUCCACUAGAAUGUAGGCUCCAUAAAGAAAAAUAAUUGACCUAACUCACCACUGAAUCCCUAGCACAAUAUAGAUAUAGUAAUGUCUGUUCAACAUGGUAAAUGUUGGGUCAACUGAUGACUGAAGAAAUAAAAUAUAUAAAUAUGUUAAUUUCCUUAAAAGAAUGAGAUGACUUUUAUGAAAUUUUCAUGAUAACAUAAGAACUAAGCUUUAUCUUGUUAUAAUUUAAGAUAAGGUUAUGGUUAAUUGAGAGUAAGUAUUAAAAUAAUGGUUAAAGUUUUCAUAAUAUUAUUCGGUGUCAUUCUUUUCCUCUUCCCCAUACCAGGUAGAAGUCAGAAGGGUAAUGAGGUCCUUCUAAAUCUUAGAUGUUGGACUAAUUUGCCCUGUCUUGAAAUUCAGGCAGUUUGCUUGCAGUAUGCUACAUAUUUCCAGAUUCAGGGGUCUAGUUUCAUUCUUCUGCGUAUAGUUAUCUAGUUUUCCCAGCACUGAAGAUACUGUUAUGUCAUGGGGAAGGGAAGAGGAGAUGCUGAUGCUAGUAUUGUCCAGUGUCAUUGGCUACUGAUGGCAAACAUGUCUCAUCAUUCUGAAAAGAGCUGUACUUAAUAUUUGUGUUGAGCUUUACUUAGUAUUUAGAGUUAACAUGUAGGUAUAUUACGGAGCAAAUCAACAAGGAAAGAGUUCAAAUUUUCUCCCUAAAGUUUUCCCUCUAUUUGUUCAGUACUAGUGCACUAAACAUUUUCUAGGAGUAAAAGCUACAUUUAUUUUCAGAAUAUGGAAAUACACUUUGCUAGAUGUGUUGUCAUGCAGUCAUAUAUUAAUUCAGUGAGCAUGUAUUAAGCAGUGUUUCUCAACUGGAGCAUAAAUUAGCAUUUCCAGUUGGGACCAUUUCUUUAUUACAUUUUUUUUUUUUUUUUUGCAAGGCUGCCCCAUGCGUGCAGGGCAUUUGGAAUCCCUUCCCCUACUUUCCCGAUGACCUGUGCAGAUACCUAAAGACGUCUUUCAUAGUGGCAAGCAGAAGAAUGCCUUUACAUAUUUUAAACUCUCUACAUGGUAGGAGAGUGAGGGAGUGAGGGGUCCUGGUCUUGUGUGAGAGCUCUGAUAUGGCAAAUAUGUUCUGGGGUUGUCUGCUGCUUUCAGGGUUAUAUAUAAACCAUUUAAACAAUCUGAAAAGAGAUUUUGGUUAAUUAACAAAUGCUAUGCCCCUAAUAUGGACCAGGUACCAUUCUGAGUGCUUUACAAAUUGUAAUUUAUUUAAUGUUCCAAAUGACCCAGUGGGGUAGGUGCUAUCAUUAUUUCUGUUUUAUAGAUGAUGUAGCUAAGGCACAAAGAUGAUAAGUCAAUUAUAUUCAUGGCAAACACACAAGGGAGCUGGGAUUCUAACCCAGAGAGCUGUUAGCCACUCUGCUGCAUUGCCUUUUUGUCUCCUUUGCCCCAAGGAAACUUACUGCUUUGAUAAACUGGGAUAAAUUUCUUCAUAAGAGCAUUUAAAGAAUUAAAUGUAGGGGUAAUUAAACUGGUAACGCAUAAAUUCUAAAGUACGACUUGAGUAUAUGCUUUCACAUUAAGCACUUCUAAAAUUUCACUUUUACCUUCAGACUAAAAAGAAUCAUCAUUUCUAAUAUAAGUUGCAAUAAUA